AUGGCGAUCAAGCACAACCAGACCAUUGUCAAGAACCACUUCCGCAAGGACUGGCAGCGUCGGGUCCGAACCCACUUCGACCAGCCCGGCAAGAAGGUCUCCCGCAGAAAUGCCCGCCAGGCCAAGGCUGCUGCCGUCGCUCCCCGUCCCAUCGACAAGCUCCGACCUGUUGUCCGAUGCCCUACCAUCAAGUACAACCGUCGUGUCCGUGCCGGCCGUGGUUUCACCCUGGCUGAGCUGAAGGCCGCUGGCAUCCCCCGCCAGUACGCCCCUACCAUCGGUAUCGCCGUCGAUGCUCGCCGCCAGAACAUCUCCGAGGAGUCCCUGGCCACCAACGUCCAGCGCCUCAAGGCCUACAAGGAGCGCCUGAUCCUCUUCCCCAAGAAGAGCAACAAGCCCAAGAAGGGCGACUCCUCCAAGGACGAGCUCAAGGCCGUCUCCGACGCCGUCGCCAACACCGCCGCCGCCUUCCCCAUCGUCCACGCCGACACCACCAUCAAGGCCAUCAAGAAGGCCGACUUCCCCGCCCCCAUCGAGGGUGGUGCCUACCGCAAGCUGCGCAACGAGCGUGCCAACAAGCGCAACCAGGGUGCCCGCGAGAAGCGCGCCAAGGAGGCCGCCGAGGCCGAGGCCGACAAGAAGAAAUAA